UCCGGCGGGUGCCGCUCUCCCGGGAGCGCCUUCUCGCCGCUGUGCCCGGGGGCGGCUGUCGGUGUUUAUUCCGGGCCAGCGCCGGGCCCUGGGCGGCAGGAUGUGGUUCCUUUACCUCCUGAGCUGGCUGUCGCUGCUGCUGCAGGUCGCUUUUGUCACGUUGGGGAUCGCUGCUGGCUUGUACUAUCUGGCAGAAUUAAUCGAAGAGUAUACAGUAAUUACCAGCCGCAUUAUCAAGUACAUGAUAUGGUUCUCCACGGCAGUGCUGAUUGGACUCUACCUCUUUGAGAACUUUCCUGCAUUAAUGAUUGGAGUUGGACUUUUCACAAACCUCGUCUACUUUGGCCUCUUACAGACCUUUCCAUAUAUCCUACUCACGUCACCCAAUUUUAUACUGUCCUGUGUGCUGGUGGUUUGUAACCAUUACUUGGCAUUUCAACACUUUGCAGAAGAAUAUUAUCCCUUUGCUGAGGUACUGGCUUACUUCACACUGUGCCUGUGGAUAACCCCUUUCUCCUUCUUUGUGUCCCUUUCUGCUGGAGAGAAUGUCCUUCCUUCCACUAUUCAGCAGGGAGGUGAGUGAGACACACCCAAGUUC